AUCGCAACACUUUGAAGAGUAUUAUAAGAGAAUCAAUCUAGUGAACAGCUGGUGAUUGAAACCGUAUUCAAUUCAAUUGGGUUGUGAAGUUCUGAUGUUAGGUCAUUAAAAAGUGAAACCCGAAGGCUGUAACACGUUUUAUCGUUGCCAAUUCAGUAUUCGCUACCGCAGCAGUUAAAGCGACCAUGAAGGAGACGUCGAUCGUGUCUAAUUGAUAUUUCUAUCAUCAACUCGAGAGUCGUUAUUUUUUGCAGUUAAUACUGCGAAAGUGAAGUCUUGUGCCGAAAAACUUGUUUUAAGUGUUUUUUUUUCGAGCAGCUUAUUGCUUGUUGUUGAUCCGUAGAUUUAAUAUCGUGGUAGCACGCUUCGAGAAAGCCGAAUCUAAAAUUAGUUUUCAGACGUCUCCAAACGAUUAUUGACCCUUCAGCGGCAAUGGCCAACUCGAACAAUGAGAGCGAAUCUUCCGCCCAGAAAGCAAAGCCCCAGGAUGAGAAACCCCUCCGAGCCAGCAUGGAGAGCCUUAGCUCCGGCCCCGAGCUGGAUCCGAACCGAUUGACACGGAAGGCAGCCUUUAUGCAGAUCACGAUGGCCAUCGUGGCCAACAUCACCAUAAUCUCGUCGGGAAUGGGUCUUGGAUUUCCGUCCAUCGCCAUGAUUGAGCUCACCAACUCAACGACCUCGGUUACCCUCUCGGAAAGUGAGGCCUCCUGGUUCGCUUCAGUUACGUCCAUCAUGUGCCCAUUCGGUGGCCUAUUGGCGGGCUUCUUGCUGGACAAAGUCGGUCGUAAGAAAACACUCUACUUCAUCAAUGUCAUAUCCAUCAUCUCCUGGGCUAUAAUGGCACUGGCAAGUACGACGGACUCGGUGCUACUGUUUGUACAGCUGAUGGUUGCCCGAGUUAUUAUCGGAAUUGCCAUUGGCCUUUCUAGUUCGCCAGCUUCGGUUUAUGCUGCGGAAAUAUCCCACCCCAAUUUACGAGGUCGACUCACGCUUCUGACGGCUCUAUGCACCGGCGUCGGUAUGCUGUUCAUUUACACGUUAGGAUAUAUUUUCAAGGAUAAUUGGCGUUUAGUGUGCAUCAUCUGUGGUGUCUUCACUCUUGUUUCGUUGCUGUCCGUCAUCCCGAUACCGGAGUCACCCAGUUGGUUGGUUGCUAAGAACAAACUUCCCAAGGCCGAGAAGUCACUGAAAAAGGUUCGCGCUAUUAAGGAAAAUGAAAAUCCACAAAUUCAUCGAGAACUGGACAUCCUGGCAGAUAACAUCGCUCGUUUCCGGGCGAAUCAGACGAGCAAAUCGAAAUGGGUUAUGCUGCAGCGGCCGGAAGUGUACAAACCGCUCACCAUCAUGUGUACAUUUUUCUUCUUUCAACAAUUCACCGGUAUUUUCGUUAUUAUCGUAUACGCGGCGCGAUUUUCCAUUGAGGCCGGUGUUCACAUUGAUCCGUUCCUGAGUGCAGUAUUUGUUGGUCUUACGCGUGUUGUUACGACCAUUUUGAUGAGUUUCAUAUCCGACCACUACGGCAGACGUCCACCAGCGUUAUUCUCCGGUUUUGGAAUGGCAACUUGUAUGUUUGGUCUGGCAGCUUGCACUGUAUACCCGGUAGCUGGAACGGACCUAUACUGGAUCCCGACAUUCCUUCUGGUGGCGUUUAUUUUCUGUGCUACGCUUGGAUUUUUGACACUGCCUUUUGCUAUGAUUGCGGAAAUGUAUCCUACCAAAGUGCGUGGUUUCGUAGCUGGAUUAACCAUUUUUGUGGGAUACACCAUGUCCUUCAUCAUUAUCAAAGUAUAUCCUUCGAUGGUGCACAUUUUGGGUAGCGAGAACGUGUUCCUUUUCUUUGGAAUCAUUUCUGUUAUCGGUAUUGGAUUCGUGUAUUUCUUCUUACCGGAAACCAAGGGACGAACUUUGGACGAAAUUGAGAGCUACUUCCGCGGAAAAAAGACCAACGAUGGUGAGAUAGAACUGAAACAAAGCGUUGAAGUAAAAGUAUGAGAUUAGCCAGAUCGCCACACUUUAACAAUCAAAAAAACAACUGUGAUACAAACCCAGAAUAACACUUACGAUGUAAGCGCGUUUUUGAAAACAAACGGAGAAACAGAAUGCGUAUAGUUUUAAGGUGUUAGACAUUUUUAAACGCGAUCGAGUAGUAUCUGCUUCCGCAGUAGUUUAUGGCGAAUUGUACGUAAUUUCACAUGAGCCCGUAGAAGCCAUUCUAGACUAGAUAGACACGUAGUUAUACGCUCGCUUAAUAUGAUGUGUACACUGCACAGUGCUGCCAUACGAAUCAAUAU